AGCUGGCAACCAUUCAUUCACAACGUAGAAGAAGCAUCAUCGUUUCCAUUUUUGUUUUAGUUCUUUCAACGAGAAACUCGUUGAAAUAUUUCUAAUUAAAAACUAAGCCCUAAGAACAGCCAAGAAUAAUUGUAAACAUGUGGGAUGGACCGGGACCUCGGGGAAGACCACCCUUCCGUGGUGAUCACCGUGGAGAGAUGUUUUGGGGUCGAGAUCGUCCAAUGCCUGAUUAUAGAGAUGGCAUGAACAUGGGCCAUAGGGGCCCUAGACCACUUGAUUUUCCACCUAUGGACCAGCGAAGGAUGGAUGGUUUUCCCAUGAGAGGUCAUGAUAUGGCUCCAGGUGAUAUGCGAGGAAGAGGUCCAAACAGAGAUUUCUUCAUGCCCAGGAACGAUCAAGACUUCCAUCCUAGGAGGCAUGUUGAAAUUUCCAUUAGAGACCAAAUUGUUGAUAAUCCUGGUUUUCGUGGGCCAGGCAGGGAUUUAGGAGGGAGGGGUAUGCCUCCAUGGGAACCACACAACAGAUUUUCAAACAUGAGGGACAGAGAAAUAUUCCAUAAUGACAUGAACCGCUUUGACAGGCCUGAUAUUGAUGGAAGAAGAGGCUUUCCCAUGGAUCGAAUGGAACGAGAUGAUGGAUUUAGGGACAUGCCUGACAGGCACCCAGGGGGUAUUGGUGAUGCUGAUCGCUAUGAGAUGGACUUACCGCCACAUGAAAGGAGACUCAUGGAUAAUGAUGGAAGAGAAGGGCCACCGUUCAACCCAAGAGGUAAAUUUGAAUCUGAUAUGGACUUCAGGAAUCGGCCUGGACCAGCUGUCGACUUCAGAGAUAGGGACCGUUCUCCUUUAAGAUUUGGUCCAGGUGAGUUCCCUCCAGCUGAACGGGAAAGAUUAGACAUGGCCCCAGAUGUUCUUGGUCGGAGGCCAGAGUUUAAGGGUCCAGGAGACACUGUUGGAUGUAGAGAUUACCCCGAUGCAAGCGGUAGCCCCCUAAUGGAUUAUCGAAGUGGUGAGGAGAUGACUCUCGCCGAAGAAUGGAAGAGCCGUCAAAAGGACAAGAAUCCUUUUUUGGGGAAAGAUUUGAAAGGUGGACCUGAUACUAGUUUCCCUGUUGGUCUCGGCAGCAAUGUGAAUGUGAGGGACCCACCACCGUUUCAAAAGCGGGACCACUUUCCUUCAAUAGACCCCCCAAUACCUGGCAAGAAGGGUCCACAGGAUCAUCUGAUGCCAGAAACAAACCCUCUAACAGGUCGUUGCAGUAGAAACGAUAAAGAAUGGUCCAGAGAAAGGGAUCCGAAGUAUAUCCAGAAUAAAAUGAGUCAUGAUGAAAGGGUCCCAUACCUUGAAGAACAAAAUAAACCUUCACGUGAGAUUAAGGAGCCAAGUGAUUCUUUUAGAAAGAUUAAAGACGGCCCACCUGAACAAAUACCUUUUAGGGAAAAAUUAGGGGAGGAAGAGGAUUACCAAAGCAACAGCACAAUUCAAGCAAAAGAUCAGGACUACAGGGACAUAGAUUACAGAACAGCAUCAAGAAGGGUGUUUGAUUACAAACACGAAGAACUUCCUCCCACGGAAAAAUUUGUAAAGGACCCUAAUCCAAUUACACCUUCAAAAUUCACAGAUUCUGGUUCCCAGGAUCGAGAUUACAGGAAUGCAUCAGUGAAGGACAAAGUUUCGAAUAUUAUAUCCAUAAGUGGUAUUCCAAAGACUGACUCAGUGGAUCAGAUUCUUGGAGCCUUUGCAGUCCGUGAUGGCGUACCGAUGCAGGGGAUAAAAAUCCAAAAUGUUGUGCCAGGUUACAGCUACGAUAUGGCCUAUGUGGAGUUUUUAAACCUCGAGGAUGCAGUCCACUUCAUGGAGUCCAACAAGGGAUCCAUAAAGGUUGGCACUAGAACAUCUGCUAUGGAGUACGUCCAGCCAAAUGAGUGUGAAAGAGUUCUUCUUGAACCAGAUCACAGAGGACCUCCAACCCUGGACUCACAUUUACCCCCAUCAGACAAGCCUUUAGAUAAUCUGAGGACCAACCAAAACACCAAAGGUCCUGUAGAGGAGCUAACUCAGUUUCAGCGUAACACUGACCUGACCCCAGAGGCGUGGCAGCAGCAGGUCGACCAGCAGCACCAACAAGAACAACCUGAGCUUCCAGGAGAGUCGUCACAUAACCGCAACCCACUUCACAUGUCAGACCACCUCAAGUCUGUAUUCAAAGACAGCAAAACGAUGAUAAUCAAGAAUGUGAAACCCACCACCACAGUAGAGACCAUCCUAAAAGCUUUGGAUCCAUUUGCGUAUCUGGAUGAGAGAAACGUUCGUUUAGUGAAGGGAAAGCCCCCUGGAACAAAGUGCUUCUGCUUUGUCGACAUGGACUCCCACGAGCAAGUAAGGCGUUUGGUGGAGCUUAUCACCAAACCCAGACCGCUGUGUAUCGAUGGAGUCAGAGUCCAUGCUGAAAUCGCAAGACCUCUCAAGAACCAGAAUUUGAAACGAGAUUAUGAUGCACCAAACCUUUCAAUGGCUGGGCAUCCAUCUGAAGACACCAUGACAGGAACUGGUGUUUUAUUACAGCAGCCGUUCCCACCACCUCCACAGUACUUGCAUCCUCUACUGCUUCCUAUGGUUGGCGUUCCUGCAACAGAUGUUGCAAUGCAAGGAGAUUUAAUGAAUAUCAGCAUGAAUCCUGCUACUUCGUCAGACCCCAGCCUUAGUCUGGGAAUGGACUAUAAUAAAACUGCUACUGCAGCCCCAGCACUCCAAACUGGUGGACUUCAUGUUCCCACAGAUUCAGCUGAAAUGCAGCCCCCACCAGAAGGAUCACAGACUUACAUUUAUGGUUCUGAAACUCCAGACACGUCCAGUUACUUGUAUGAUUCAACAUCAGGCUUCUACUACGAUCCGGAGACGACACUGUACUACGAUCCAAACUCAAGGUAUUUCUACAACGCUCAAACCCAGGAGUACCUGUAUUGGGAUGGAACAUCAAAAACCUACAUCCCAGUUCCAGGAGGGAAUUCUGCAGGUUCCCACCCAGCUCCCACCAUGACUGCAGAAGAUCAAGCCAUUCUCUCCAACCCGGCUGCAGAUGCCCCAUUAGAGAUGAAGAAACCUUCAGCACCUCCCCAGGCUUCUGCUGCCCCUGAUGCUGGUUCUGCAGAUGGCUCUGAUGGAUCCGUCCAAUCUCUCUCUGUCAUUCCCGAGAGAAAGGAAGAUGAGGACUCUCCGAAAAAAGACAAGGACGGCAAAGACGAGAAACCGAGAAGUCUCGCUGCUGUUAAGAUAAUGAAAGAUAUGGAGCGCUGGGCAAAGAUCCAGAAUCGUCAGAAAGAAACGGUGCGUUCUCCAUCUCCUGUCCUGAAGUCUGGAGUUGACGAUGAGAAGAGGCAGUCGAAGUCAGCGGAUGCUGCUUUUGCUAUUUUUGAGAGGAAGAUCACAGGUGCUGAUGAUCUUUUUAAGAAGCCUCUUGCUCCUGUCAAGAAAGAUGAAAAAUCUAAACGUCCAAUGGGCUCGUUGGGUCUGCUGGCGUCAGACUACGGAGCUGGAAGCGAUGAAGAGGUGGAAGAAGACAAGGAGGAGGCAAUUAAAAGCACUCCGAAGAGCCAGCCGGAGGAGAAGGACAGACUUACGGACUGGAAGAAAAUGGCAUGUCUGCUGUGCAGGAGACAGUUCCCCAACAAAGACGCUCUAAUCCGCCACCAGCAGCUCUCUGAUCUCCAUAAACAAAACAUGGAGAUUCACCUCAAGAUCAAGAGGUCGAAAAAGGAGCUGGAAGCUUUGGAAAACCAGGAGAAGCAGGUCGGUAUUUGUCAACUAAGCACCAGAGAAUCUUCCAGAUCGCCAGAACAGAAAAGACGGAAACAGCAUCACCAACAGCAGCAACAACAUGGCAACUGGGCUGGAAGCUCAAGGGACACAAACAAAGCUAGUGAGAGGCCAGGUUUAGGCGCUGAACCUGUCCAACAGAAAAGAAAAACCCAGUCCCCAUCCUGGGACCACAACACCUACAAGCAGGCAGUACGCAAAGCCAUGUUUGCACGGUUUAAGGAACUUGAGUGAUCUCUUCUGAAUAAACAUUCAUUUUAAAAUGUGAACUGCUUGAUGACGACCACCUCUGCUUGAGAAAUUGCGUAGACUCUAUGAGCAUGUGUUUACUAUGGGACAUCAUUUCUCAGUUUGUGAUGUGAAACGCUGAGAUAAAUAAACAAAAGACUCAACAAAACUGAUCUAAAUGAUUAAAAAGUUUUCCCCUGCAAUGGAUUUUGUACAGAAAAAAACAUAUUGAUUUUUGUGCCAUGUAUAUUUGAGAAGCCUGCUUUUUUAUACUUUCACACUAGCCACAGAUUAAUCUGAUUUAUUUUUUAUUUGGUAAAAUUGCUAUAUGUGCUCAUGUAAAGUAAACUGUAAAGAUCAGUGUCUCUUGGUGUACGUUUGUAAAGUUAUUAGCUUACCACUAGGUGGCACAAUAUCAUUCUUCCUUGUUUUGAUCAUUCAUGGAAUGCAGCGGUUCAGAUUGUUCCAAAAAAUGUAUGUUUUCCUUUGAAGAAAAAUACUUCUGAACCAUGUGUUUUAAUCAGGAUUUUGUCUCCUGAACAUUUUUUUCGGUAAAUAAACUUGAAUAUCCCACCA